AUGUGGGAGACUGGGAUGCAAAAUGGUAAUUGGGUGCGGUUAUAUUCUUCUACUUCCACUGAAUUCUAUAGAAUGUCAAGGUUUCGAGCUCUGUUGCAGGCUUCUAUCAAUGCAACUAAAAGAGCUUUAGUAUGGAAUGCUGAAGACUUAGUUCCACCAAGUGAAAAGUAUAUUUUCAAUUUUAAUUCAAAAGAGGAGCUUAAAAGGUGGCAUUUGUAUUCAGAUUCUGAAUAUGGAGGCUUGUCAUCUGCAUCGUUGGAGAUAAAAGAGUCUGGAAAUGGAUCGAGUGGUACUGGGGUAUUUUCUGGGAACCUAUCUUUGGAUGUCAGUGAGAGUUCAAGAUGGAACAUAACUCGAAGCGGCUUUUGUGGAAUGCGGUCUAAAAAGUUUGAUGGCUUCAUCGAUUUGGAUGGAUACGACGCAUUAGCACUAAAACUGAAAGGAGAUGGGAGAAGCUAUAUUUCAACUAUUUAUACUGAGAAUUGGGUGAAUUCUCCUGGACAACAAGAAGAUAACUCAUGGCAGGCAUUUGUUUUUGUGCCUAAAGACAACUGGUAUAUUGCGAAGAUUCCUCUUGCCCGAUAUCUGCCAACAUGGAGAGGAAAUGUUAUAGAUGCAAAUCUAGAGAUGAACCCAUCACGAGUUGUUGGCAUGUCCCUAUCUGUCAAUGCAGAAGGUGGAAUUCCUGAUGCUAGAUCUGGCCCUGGUGAUUUCCAAGUUGAAAUUGACUGGAUAAAGGCAUUGAGAAUGCAAUAA